UCUGCACGGACCGUCUCCCAACGACGCACCCUGUCACAGUUCCACGUUACUUCCGGAAGAGAGACUCGCUAGAAUGGCUGCGUUCGGCGAAAUGGGAGUGAUGCCUGAAAUUGCACAGGCAGUGGAAGAAAUGGAUUGGCUGUUGCCAACCGACAUUCAGGCCGAGUCCAUCCCACUGAUUCUGGGUGGAGGAGACGUGCUUAUGGCUGCUGAGACUGGGAGUGGUAAAACUGGAGCCUUCAGUAUUCCAGUAAUCCAAAUAGUCUAUGAGACCCUUAAAGACCAGCAGGAGGGGAAGAAGGGACGCACAGCAGUGAAGACAGGAGGAGCAGUUUUCAAUAAAUGGCAGAUGAACCCCUAUGAUAGAAGUCCAGCAUUUGCUAUUGGUCCAGAUGGCCUGUGUUGUCAAAGCAGAGAGUUCAAAGAGUGGCAUGGCUGCCGUUCCACCAAAGGUGUCACAAAAGGGAAGUAUUAUUAUGAAGUUACCUGUCAUGAUCAAGGGUUGUGCAGGGUGGGCUGGUCCACCAGCCAGGCAUCACUGGACUUGGGUACUGAUAAAUAUGGAUUUGGCUUUGGAGGGACUGGAAAGAAAUCUAACAAUAAGCAAUUUGAUAGUUAUGGAGAGGAGUUUACUAUGCACGACACCAUUGGAUGCUACAUAGAUCUCGACAAAGGCCAUAUGUCAUUCUCCAAAAAUGGUAAUGAUCUGGGUCUGGCUUUUGAGAUCCUUCAGCAGAUUAAAAACCAGCCCUUCUUUGCUUCCUGUGUGCUGAAGAAUGCAGAACUGAAAUUCAACUUUGGUGAUGAACCUUUCAAAAACCAACCUAAAGAUGGCUAUGUGGCUCUGAACCAGGCAACAGAUGGCCAUGUGGUCAAAUCCACCCAGACAGGCAGUGCUAAAGUGAGUCAGGUCAAAUCUACUUCUAACGCCCCCAGAGCUCUCAUCAUUGAGCCGUCUAAAGAGCUGGCUGAACAAACCCUCAACAAUGUCAAUCAGUUCAAGAAAUACGUUGAUAACCCCAAAUUGAGGGAUCUUCUGAUCAUCGGUGGAGUGGCUGCUAAAGAACAGCUAUCUGUUUUAGAAAUCGGGGUUGAUAUUGUAGUUGGAACCCCAGGCAGACUGGAUGAUCUGAUUUCCACAGGAAAGCUGGAGCUAUCUCAAGUCCGCUUCCUAGUUCUGGAUGAGUGUGAUGGGCUCCUCACAGCUGGGUACACUGACUUCAUCAUGAGGGUGUACAACCAGAUCCCUCAAGUCACCUCAGAUGGCAAGAGACUACAGGUGAUAGUUUGCUCUGCCACGCUGCACUCAUUUGAAGUGAAGAAGCUCUCUGAAAAGAUCAUGCACUUCCCCACAUGGGUGGAUCUGAAGGGUGAAGACUCUGUGCCAGAGACCGUCCAUCAUGUGGUGGUGCCAGUCAACCCUAAAAUUGACAGGUUUUGGGAGAAAGUGAAAAGCCACAUUAGGACUGAUGAAGUUCAUGCCAAGGACAACACACGACCUGGAGCCAACACCCCAGAGAUGUGGUCAGAAGCUAUUAAAAUCCUAAAGGGAGAGUACACCGUGAGAGCCAUUAAGGAGCAUAAGAUGGAUCAGGCCAUCAUCUUCUGCAGGACAAAGAUCGACUGUGACAAUAUGGAGGAGUACUUCAUCAAGCAAGGAGGAGGUCCAGACAAGAAAGGACACCAGUUCUCUUGUGUUUGUCUUCACGGUGACCGGAAACCAAAUGAGCGCAAAUACAACUUGGAGAGAUUCAAGAAACAGGAAGUGAACUUUCUUAUUUGCACGGACGUAGCUGCCAGAGGAAUUGAUAUCCGUGGUGUUCCGUACGUGAUAAAUGUGACCCUACCAGAUGAGAAGCAGAACUACGUACAUCGCAUUGGAAGAGUUGGCAGAGCUGACAGGAUGGGUCUGGCUAUAUCACUGGUUGCGAUGGAGAAAGAAAAGGUGUGGUACCAUGUUUGUAACAGCAGAGGAAAAAGCUGCAAUAACACCAGACUUAAAGAGAAUGGAGGCUGCACAAUUUGGUACAAUGAAAAAGAGCUGUUGUCAGAAAUAGAGGAACAUCUAAAAUGCACCAUUACUCAGUGUGAACCUGACAUCAAAGUACCUGUCGAUGAAUUUGACGGCAAAGUGACUUAUGGGCAGCGAAAGGCUGCAGGGGGUGGUCUGUAUAAGGGUCAUGUGGAUAUACUGGCCCCAACUGUACAGGAACUGGCUAACCUGGAAAGAGAGGCACAAACGUCCUUCCUUCAUCUCGGCUAUCUACCCAACCAACUCUUCAAAGCGUUCUGAAGCACAUUUGCACUCAUCAAACUGGCUUGUUUGCCAUUUAAAGUCUAUGGAAAAAGCCACGAGACAAAAAGCAUGCAUCACUAACCUUAACUAAAUAAAGCAUUUCAGUUGAUGUGCAUGCUUUGACAUGCAAAGAAAAUUUUAUUUUCUGGAGAAAAAUAUAAUACUAUGUUUUUUCAAAAGCAUCUGAGUUGUAGUCAUAUGCUUGUGAUCAACUUAAAAUAAAUUAAAA